GUCUGUCUCACUUGGUCUAGGGUUCUAGACCGCAAGGAAUUCUGGGAACAGAUCCUCUGCAGCAAUGGCUGUCUUUCUAGCUAGGUUAUUUAUCUCUUUAUAUUUAUUAUGUUUUGCUGGGGCCGUUUUCGAAGACCAAGUGGGAAAAUUUGAUUGGAGACAGCAGUUUGUUGGUGCUGUGCGUUUCGCUCUCUUUGAUCCCAGUCAUUCCCAGGCAUCUAAAAAGCUCCUGGUUGCAACAGAAAAGAAUAUUUUUGCCUCCAUGAAUUCCAGAACCGGAGAGAUUUUCUGGAGACAUGUGGACCAGCUGGGACCAGAGGGACACAUAGACAUGCUUCUGGUUCAUGGGCAAGAUGCUGUUGUUGUUGUUGGGAACGGCCGUCUUCUGCGCUCCUGGGAGAGCAACAUUGGUGGCCUGAACUGGGAGACAGUGCUCGAUACUGGAAGCUUCCAGUCUGCUGCUUUGCUCGGAGUGCAGGAUCUGGUGAAGUAUGUGGCAGUGCUUAAGAAAUCUGCCAUCUCUCUGCAUUACCUCUCUAAUGGUCAUCAGAAAUGGGUAGAAAACCUCCCAGACAGUGACUCCGUUGAGUAUCAGAUGAUCUAUUCUGGAGGAAAUGGACCGCUCUUCAUCCUGGGUGUGGUCCCCAAUUCUCACCUUGUCAUAAUUGAAUAUAACACUGAAGAUGGAGAAAUUAUGAAACAGAGAUCAGUAGAUGCUCCAUGGCUGAGCGGCUUACAGUCCAGUUGUGUGGUGGUCGGCGCUGGAAUGCUUCUGUGUGUUGACCCGAGCACAGAGUCCAUGUACACCUUGCCGCUGCAGUCUGAGGAACAGCCGAAAGCGACCCAGAUCCCGCUCCAGACUGUGGGCCUAGAGGUGGCUUCAGGGUUUCAGCCACGUUUAAUCUCCACUCAGCCUCACCCUGCCCGUCCUCCUCUGCCCGAAUUCUUCCUGCAGCUCGGACCGGGUCACCACACCCUGCUGCGGCUGAACGAUGGCACCGUUACUCUUCUCAGAGACUUUAACCCAUCAUAUCUGGUUUCUUUUGCGAAUACUGGGGAAAAGACAGUCGCUGCUGUUAUGUCACCGAAAAAUGAAACUGUAAGUAUAGCAUCAAGAAAUGGAUCAUUUUAUUAUAGCACUUUCUGUAACAUGUUUUUUUUAUUUAUUUAUUUUUAUGUCUAUUUCAAGGCAUGCACUAUCAACCUGUACAGCGCUGAUGCAGGCAGGAGGCUCCUUGAUACCUCAGUCACCUACUUACUGGAUCCUAAUGGAGGAAAGCCAGCUAGGUUAUAUGUCAAUGCCUUCCUGAAGAAAGAUGACUCUGUGGGCUACAGGGUGAUGGUACAAACCGAAGAUCUUGUGCUGACUUUCCUGCAGCAGCCUGGCCGUGUAGUGUGGACUAGAGAGGAGGCCCUCGCCGACGUGGUCACUAUGGAGAUGGUGGACUUGCCGCUUACUGGAACCCAAGCCGAACUGGAGGGCGAAUUUGGAAAGAAAGCUGAUGGGCUUUUAGCCAUGGUUUUAAAGCGACUCUCGUCCCAGCUCAUCCUUCUGCAGGCCUGGGUUAGCCAUCUGUGGAAGCUCUUCUACGACGCCCGACAGCCUCGCAGCCAUGUGAAGAACGAAGUCACUAUCGAAACCUUGUCUCGGGACGAGUUCAACCUGCAGAAGAUGAUGGUGAUGGUGACUGCCUCAGGGAAGCUAUUUGGCAUUGACAGUAAGUCUGGAACCAUUUUGUGGAAGCAGUACUUGGAGAAUGUCAAGACCAACUCUGUUUUCAAACUGAUGGUACAGAGGACAACUGCUCAUUUUCCUCACCCACCUCAGUGCACUCUACUCAUUAAGGAUAAGGACACAGGCCUAGGGAGCCUCCAUGUCUUUAAUCCUAUCUUUGGCAAAAAGAGCCAUAUCAGUGUUCCAGCUUUGUCCAGACCUGUCCUUCAGUCCCUGUUGCUGCCCAUUAUGGAUCAGGACUAUUCCAAAGCCCUUCUUCUGAUAGAUGAUCAGUACAAGGUCACAGCUUUCCCAUCCACUAAGAACGUCUUGCAGCAGCUGCAGGAGAUGGCCUCUUCCAUUUUCUUCUACCUGGUGGACUCCAGUCAGGGCAAGCUGUCUGGUUUCCGCCUACUUAAAGAUCUGUCCACUGAACUCAUCUGGGAGGUGGCCAUCCCCAUGGAGGUGCAGAAAAUAGUGGGAGUGAAAGGCAAGCGUGCCAACGAGCAUGUCCACUCCCAGGGACGAGUCAUGGGGGACCGCAGUGUGCUGUAUAAGUACCUGAACCCCAACCUGCUUGCAGUGGUAACUGAAAGCACAGACACCCAUCCGGAGCGCAGUUUUGUGGGGAUAUUUCUCAUCGAUGGCGUUACUGGCCGUAUUGUCCAUGAAGCCGUGCAGAGGAAGGCACGCGGACCUGUUCACUUCGUGCACUCUGAGAACUGGGUAGUGUAUGCGUACUGGAACACUAAGUCUAGGAGGAACGAGUUCUCCGUGCUCGAGCUCUUUGAGGGAAUGGAGCUAUAUAACAGCACGGUGUUCAGCUCUUUGGAUAGACCUCACCCACCUCAGGUCCUCCAGCAAUCCUACAUAUUCCCUUCUCCUAUAAGCACUCUAGAGGCCACGCUUACCGAGAAGGGCAUCACCAGUCGUCACCUACUCGUGGGACUCCCAUCAGGAAACAUCCUGUCUUUACCGAAAAUGUUUCUGGACCCGCGGAGACCAGAAGUGGCUUCAGAACAGAGCCGAGAGGAAAAUCUAAUACCGUAUUCUCCUGAAAUGCCGAUUCGCUCUGAGUGGUUUAUUAACUACAACCAAACUGUGUCAAGAGUGAGAGGUAUCUACACUGCCCCAUCUGGCCUGGAGUCUACAUGCCUGGUGGUUGCAUAUGGCCUUGAUAUCUACCAGACCAGAGUCUACCCUUCCAAACAAUUUGAUGUCCUUAAGGAUGAUUAUGAUUAUGUACUGAUCAGUAGUGUACUCCUUGGUCUGUUCUUCGCUACCAUGAUCAGCAAGCGGCUGGCAGAAGUAAAGUUACUUAAUCGUGCGUGGCGAUAAACCAUGUCUGUUUGGCCUGACAGCUGCACUCUUCACAUUGAAGCCAUGUGAUCGACACCCUGACGGCAGAGGAGCAGCGAAUGCCCGUGUUAGACUGCAAGAUUACUGUAAGCAUUGUGAAACACAGCUGAUUGGGCUGAUGGCAGAUUUUUUUUUUUUUUUUUUAACUUACUGUCUUUAAUGCAAGAGAGAUAUAAAUAGUGUUUUCCCCACUCCACUAAGCAGUUCAUUAUUAUAUCUUAAUUAUUUAUUGUAAAUUUAGACCCUGUGUCUGUGGGAUGUUCACAUUUCCACUGAAGUCACAUUCUUGCAAAUUAAUUGAUAUCUCUGUGCUAAUGUUAGUCACUUCACAUGAAAUCUAGCUCUUAACAAAUAAAAUGAGUUUUAAAGGUAGACACUGCUGUGUAUAACGUUAACCAGUAGCCUACGUCUUUCUGAUGCUAAGCUACAUUCUAAUGGUGUGAUUUCAUUCUAGUCUACCUUUAAACUGAUGGUCAAGUACUAUAGUAUUUUUAUUAAUGAAAAAGGGCAUAAAAGCAGAGGAAUCAUCAACCCUUUGUUUGAGAAAGUGAAAGAAUGAAUUAGGAAUGCUGAGGUAGUAAAUAUUUUGCUGUAGGAGUGGGAGUAUGAUGUGUUUAAAAAAAGAGAGAGAGAAGAAGACAACGAACGAACAGCUAUCUGUACUGGAUGUUACUUCCUUUCUCUGCAGUUUUUUUUUAAACUUGGAUUUGUUGACACCAGGGUCCCCGGUUUGAUUCUGGCUCAGGUAUCUGUCCACAAUGUGAAGUUCUGCAUGUUGUCCACAUGUGUGCAUCAGUUUCUUCUGGGUUUACACACACCUUCCAAAUCCAUGCUGCUAGGUGGAUUGGUUACACUAAAAUUGGCCCUAAAUGUGAGUGUGUGUGCAUGGUGAACUGUGAUGGACUGGUGUACCAUCCAGAAUCACUUCCUGCUUGAAAAUCCCCUAUCUGCCUCUCACCUCUACUCAAUCCUGCAACUCUACCACAGUGAGGUUUAUGUGUACAGCCGACUAAACCUAAAGAGUCAGGACAUGAUACUGACUGAUGUGAAACCUUCAACUGCAGUGACUCCCAGGUAUCGCUCGGGAGAAACACUUUACUACUUUAAGGUGAGAUUGUAUAUAUACAAUAUAUAUAAAAUAAACAAUCAUGCUCUGUGUCUUUUUUGUGUCAUCACCACAGCUACCUAAUUUUCUCCCAUUUUUUAAUCAUUGGCAACCAAUAGAUCUGAAGUACCAAGAGUGUAUGUGUGUUUUCCUGCACUGGAUAAAAUUGUUCUUUUAUUCAUGUAUUUUUUGUGUGUGUGUAAUUUCCAGGACAGAAAGUAAGUUAUCCAUAACUGUUAAUGAUAAUGAAUAAAGUGAUCUCAAACACCA